GGCCGUCGGAGGCGCAGGCGCAGGCGCAGAGCGGCGCGGCGGAUGGCUAUGCGCGGCUGAAGCGCUGGUGCGACUCACAGACACGCGGAGUGGCCGGAUGUGGGCAGCAGGUUGCUGUGCUGUAUCGGGUUAGUGGUCCAAUCUGUGGCAACUGCAUGAUAACAGAUUCUUGGACUUUAUCAUCAGCUGUAUGGAGCAUUUCCUGCAAGGAUAACCUUUGUCCCUGAUUACUGCCCCAGCUGUAUCGGUUCAAAGGGAGAAGAAAACUGCUGCCAUUUCCACAGCUGAAAAAUGUCGAAAGCAACAGGUUCCAAGUCCAGGUCGCAGUCAUCCCACUCGAGGUCCCGCUCUCGGUCCCGCUCUCGAUCAUUUACUAGGUCUCGCUCGCGGUCUCGCUCACGGUCUCACUCUAGAAAGCGGAAGUACAGCCCUAGGUCUCGUUCCAGGUCGUAUUCUCCGACACAUAACCGAGAGAGGAAUUAUCAGCGUGAGUACCAGCCUCGGGAGUUUCGUGCACAUCGAGGUUACAGGCGACCCUUCAUUCAGCGUCGAGGACGAGGCUACUACCCCAGGGGCAACUGGAACAACCGUGGUGGCUACGGCAACUACGGAAACUACAACCAUUACGGUAACUAUCGGCCCAACUGGCACAACUACCGGUCAACUUACAGCCCUCGGCGAGGCCGGUCCCGCUCUCGGUCACCCAAGCGGAGGUCCGUGUCGCCGAGGUCCAGGAGCCGCUCCAGGUACACCGAUAAGUCAUCGUCCAGCAGGUCUCGCAGGUCAUCCUCGUCCAGAUCUCGCUCCUCUCCUCACCGCAGUCGCUCUGCCUCCCCUAAACGGCGGAGCAAGAAAAAUAAGUCAUCUCAGAAGGAGGCGGCUGCCUCCCAGUUGCCUGCCCAGGAGUCUGAAGAGCAGCAGAAGCGGUCCCCUGAGGAUGGCCAGACUGGGAACGGUAGCUCUGAGGCAGCCACUGGUCCGGCCCCCAAACGUGGUGAUUCAUGGAAAGGCCUGACUGCCUAUGAUGCCAGUCCCAAGCACCCUAGCCCUGCCCCACGCUCUACUGUGGUGCUGAAGACCAGUUCACCUUUGCAUUCCAGCCCAAGCCAGCAGAGCCCUCCGCAGUCGAGCGUGGCCCGCCAUACUUCACCACCUGGGAGCCCCUCACAGAUGAGCCCCCAGGGCCGCAGCCCAACCAGGGCGAAUACGUCUCACCAGAGCCCGCCAUCACUCAGUUCUUCAGUUCGUAGCCUGCCGCGUCAAACGUCGGGCAAUCACAGCCCUCCUCAGAGGAGUCCGCCACUGACGAGUCUUGCACAGGGCAAUGCACAGAAAGAGGAAGCAAGAUCAGGAAUGACUGGCUUAUUUGUGGAACAGCCGGCCCCAACUAUCCCUUCAUAUCUAAAGAGGUAUGUUCCAAAAAGUGUGGUGAAAACGGAAUUCCAUGUGAAAAAUAUUCCAGAGAAAGGCAACCGUAGCAGCCAAUCUCCAAAGCGGUUCAAGGGCGGAGUUUCAGAGGAGUUUGACAAACUUUCGAAAUCUGAUAUUCGUCACAAAUUUAGUUAUGAUGAAGAGGCAGUGGAGGAACAUGCAAAAGAAUACCCAUCCAAGAACCAAAAGGAAUAUGGAUACGAGGAUGAGCCCAAAUACAGGAGCAAAUUAAUCGCAAGUAAAACUCAGGAGAGGUAUGAUGAGGAGGAUGAGGAGGAGGAAGAUGAUGAUGAUGAGAAUGAUAGGCCACGCAAACGGGAAGAAGUAAAUUUCUUUAAGCAGAUGGCCAUCUCCAAGGAGAAGUUUAGGGAGGUGGAGAAUGUGGAGGAUGAGGAAACAAUACCCGAGAGAUUUAAAAAAGAGGACCGCUUUCAAACAAAGAAAGCAGAUGGGAACAGAUACCGAGAGGUAUCACCUGUGAAAACAUCAAAAUAUAAGGCAGGCCGAGCAGAUAGUCCUCUUCCUCCAAGGAAGAGCUCUGAGUCCAAAGAGCAGGAAGAUGUCACUUCUCUGGAGGAGAGCCCGCCAAUACUCAAAGCAGCUCAUCGUCCUACAGAGGUGACACUGAAAAUGGAUUCCUUGCAGUUUGGCGAUGAUGUUAUUGGCUCUACCAACAUCCUGACCCAUGAACGACGCCUUUGUCGUGACCUUGUUCACAAACCUAAAAAAGAUCAAGAGUUCCGUUCCAUCUUCCAGCACAUUCAGAUGGCCCAGGCACGACGUAGUCCCUCAGAGAUAUUUGCUCAGCACAUUGUAACUUUGGUUCACCAUGUGAAAGAGCAUUACUUCAAAUCAGCAGGAGUCACAUUAAAUGAGCGUUUUACAAUGUACCAAAGGAGAACAGCUGAGCAGGAAGUUCCCAGGCAGAAGAGCCCAGAAAUUCAUAGGCGGAUUGAUAUUUCACCCAGUGCUCUAAAGAAACGUAUGCAUCUGCGUGAUGAAAUAAAGAAUCCGAAAGAGAGCAGCUAUAAGGGAGAAGGAAAAUUAAGGGAUGAACUGGAUGACCUGCGCCAAGAUAUUGAGCAACGUAGAAAAUAUAAAAGCAAGGAAGGAGAGCAUAAAAAAGAUAGUUCCAAAGAUUCAAGAGAUUCAAGCCAUUCACGUGAGCGCUCAAAGGAAAAAUCCGGAAAAGUUCCUAAAGCUUAUAAGGAAUCGAAAAAGCAAAGGAAACGCAAGAAAGCGAGAGCAAGGUCCAGCUCGUCAAGUUCCUCAUCUUCCUCCUCCUCUCCAUCGCAAGAGGGAAAAGAUGAAAGGGAAGAGGGCGUGGGCCGUGAAGAGCCCUCUCCUGGUUUUAACAAAGCUCGCCUUGGAACAAGAGAGUUCACGGGCCCAUCAACACGAGGCAGAGCACGUGGAGUUUUUCAGUUCAGAAUAAGAGGAAGAGGAUAUGGCAGGGGAGCGUUUCCUGGUCCCAGCAAUAGCAGUAAUCCCGGUAACCCAACUUUCCAAAAGCGACCCCGUGAAGAGGACUGGGAUCCCGAGUACACGCCAAAAAGCAAAAAAUACUACCUGCACGAUGACCGUGAGGGAGACGGGGAUAACUACUGGGCAAACAAAAGGGGUCGCGGCGCCUUCCAGCGAGGGAGAGGCCGUUUCCUGUACAAAAAGUCCAACACCAGCCCCAAGUGGACACACGACAAAUAUCAAGGCAGUGGACAGGAAGGUGUGGAGGAGGAAGAGGAAGAGGAGGAUGGGCAAGUUGCUGGCAUCGCCGCCCAGGAGGAGAAAAGUCUGGGUGCGAUAGAGCAGUAGUGGCAAAAGGACUGGGCCCUCCCUAUGACAACAGUGCAUUGAAUUGAGUAUAGAAUUUGAUCACUAGGAUCAGUUACAAGAGAUUUUCUUUAUCCAGAUCUCGAUAGGGUUUACAGUGUCGUAGGUUAUUUGUUUUGGUGGGGGUAAGGGUAUAGGACCCUUUUGAGAAUGAAAGGACCAAAAACAUCUGUCUUUAAUGCAACUUACUAUAUAAAGUGCAGUGCAGGCGUCGUACCUGUGUUGUAAUACCACACUAGCAGACAUCCACAUGCCACCGGUUUCCCUGGGGCUGUGAUUUCCCCACCCCCCAUGUAUUUAGAGAUAUAGAAGAGUGUAUGACGGUGCGACUUGUAAUAUCAGAUGUACACAAGCCUUCCUGAGCUACUGGGUUCAGUUUGUGAUAGGUAUCUGCUGCAAAAUGUGAAACUGACAAGGGGAGGAAGAAGUACUGCUAAAUAGAUUCCCCCACAAGUCGCACUCUGCAAUGUAGAAUAAAUUUCUCCCAAAUUGUUAUUUUUCUGAGCCCCAGAUAUUGCCGCAUGCUUAUUUUAUCAUUAUGGGUUUUUAAACACUUUCACUUUUGAUGCAGCUUUAUAGUGGAUCUUCCCUCAUUUCCUUGUUUUUUUUUGUGACCUGCACAUCUCCAUAUUUGGUUACGACGCUUGGCUUGUGCUUUAUUACCAAUGUGAUUGACAGCAAGAGUGGUUUCUAUAUUUUUGUUUUAGUUUUUUUUAAUAAAAAAAAGCGACUGGCAAUUUAUUUUGGGCCUAACUCGCUGUUUAUUUGUAGUGUUGAGGAAAAAACGUGUGAACCACCCUGAAUUUGUUUUGAUUGUUCGUGUAGGGAAUUGUCCGAGUUAACAACAUAAAUGCCCUGGAAGAUCACUUUAAACCUCCGUACCUCAACCCUAAUCUGUUAAUUAUCUUACAAAGUGCUAUAGGUGAAAUUAAAACAAUUCAUUUUAUUACACUUUUGAUAAUUCAAUAAGUUUAUUCAUUCAGCUGGUUCCAGGCCAGUGCUCUUCUGACUGUGGCCUAUCUUUGUUGUUUUAUCACUGGCUAGGGAUUCAGCUAGUGUUUCUUGUUCUCAAACACAUGCUGGAAAAGCUGAGUAUUUCAGUACUGCUUGGGAACAUGGUUGGCCUUGAGCAAGGUACUGGAGAGAGGGAAAAAAAAGUUGUAGGGUGGAAAAAAAUAUAAUUUGAAAAUUGAGAAAAGGUUUAAAUGUGGCUCUGUUUGUAUCAGCUUUUAAUAUUUGGCAUGGUCUUUCUCACCCCUCCCUCUACCCACCGUUAGCAAAGUUAAUUGGAAAGGGUCGAGAGAGGCGAGACAAAAAAUAGGAAUUAAGAUUUAAAUUACUGGGGAGAUUCAACUGUUCAUAAAACCUUCACAAAAUAAAAGGUCUGUGAAAUAUUAAUAUAUCUACAUGAAACAAAAGCUAAUCUUUACAAACGUUAGUUUAGUUUGCUGAUUUAUGGCACAAAUUAGAGAUGAAGUCAAUUGGAAUGUGCAGUCUUUUCAAUAAAAAAGAAGUGUUUGUGAGAAUAUUCUUGUGCAGAUCUAUAGCUUAAGUUGUGCAGUUCAUUUACCCAUCUACUGCAAGCAAAUUGUCUCUACUCUGAUACUCCUCCCUCAUACAAUUGCAUCAAAAUUCAUCCCUGCAGGGUACAAAACCACAAAUGGAUGCUAUAGCUUUAAAGUUGUGUUGCCUGUUGCUAUCCUUCAUUCUCCUGUCCCAAUUUCCUGCCCUCCCUCCUCCAAUUUAAAACUUAUCAACCUGGAACACGGGAGCAAUACAAAUAUUCAUAAGUAUAAAUUCCUUUAAAUUUUUGUUAUUGGGAAAUUCUUUAGUCUGAGUUCACUUGUUGCUUUGAUCUUGGAAUUAAUGUAAUUGAACAGAUGUUGGAUAAGCAUUUAGAUACAUUUUAUAUUGACAAUCAGCUGUCUCACCUCCACUCUGUGCCUAGCCUCCCCAGUUCUUCUCUGAUGCAUUGUGCUUAAGCCCUUCAUUUUGUAUCUUUUUAUGUAUGUAUCAAAAAUUAUUUAAAAAAGUGAUAUGCUCUCGGCUGCAGGAACUAUAUUGAAUUUUUUUAAUACAUAAUAGAAGUAAAUAGUUUUGUGGGGAGGGGAACAUGAAAUGGGAGGAGUAUGAUGGUUGCACUAUUUUUGUAAACUUUUGCUGAACUGCCUUAUCACUAAAAGAAUUGUUAAAAGUCAGUCCUGUCCAGAAUUGAACAAGAUUUGUAUCUCUCCAACUACUUGUGUUCUGUUUUGUUACUGUGGUUAUGUUCCUUGUCUAAAACGGCCUACUGUCAUCAUCUUGGUCCCCCAAUCCUCCUUCAGACCGUGAUUUUUGCUGAGGUUUAAAGCAUUGUUAAAUUUUAAUUAAACUUCUGUGCCAGCGUCA